GACGCGCUUUGGCACUUCGGUCUAGCAUGAGCAUUUACAUGGCAUGCGGCCCCACAGCAGAGCCUGCACCGAGUAGUACCAAGUACAGGAACGCAGCUAGUUUACGAACCUCUGCUUUACACAAAUACUACCCGCGCUCUCCUGUUUCCCGCAGUCACACCGCCCAAGGCGCUGUCAAUGUAUGUACGCAGUAUCAGUAUGCCAUUCAUUGGGUACGGCGGUGGCGGUGGAAGUCGCUGACGGCGCCGCGGAGGACUCUGGCGCCCUGCUGAGGGCUGUGGCGGAGCCGGCUGGCGUCAGAGCUGGCCGAGGCGGCAGUAGCAGCGGUGCCCUGGGCACCGUGUCGCUGCCGCUGCUUGCCUCACUCGACAUCCCCAGCAGUCUGCUGCGCCCCGCUGCGGAGGCGGCGUGCGCAGCAUUGCCAUCGGAAGCUACAGCCCCCGCAAGCCCGUUGCCCGCCGGCCCCUGCUGCCGCUGCUCCCUACCGGGCCUGGACCGGCUGACCAACUUGUGCCACCUCACCGUCGUCACGGUCGUGCGCGGCGGCAGCGGGGCCAGGCGGGGCAGUAGCAGUGGCAUCAUCAGCGGCAGCGGCAGUAGCGCCACCGGCAGUAGCGGUGAAGGCGGCGGCGGUGGCGGCAUCGGCUCGCUGCCGCCUCUGCCGUACGAGCUGCAGCACCUUCCGUAUUACGCUGGGCGGGACGAGGGCGCGGGGGUGGCUGGCGACGGCUCAGAGGUGGUGGCACGGUCGCGGUGUCGUGAGGGGCGGGGGACGGGCGGAGGCCAGCGCAUCGGCAUAUUGGAGGUGCAGGUGAGCUGGUACGAGAUGGCGGGCGGCGGCGGCCUGGAGCGGGUGCUGCGGCCUGCGGCUGUGGCGCUGCUGGAGCUGUGGGCCAGCUGGAAGAGCGAGCAGCUCAUGCGGCGACUUAUGGCGGACGUGGGCGGGCUACGGCCGCAGCGGCUGAAGGAGAUGCAUGAGGAGGGAGGGGAUGGGGAGAGCGGACGAUGGUGCCAAACGACUGCUUUCAGCGAGCUCUAUUAACAUGUAAACACGGAAAGUUCGUCGGGCGCGUCUUGACCACAGCCAUGUUGUCAACAUGUUGAGAACAUCUUGCGCCCGUUCAGUUGCACCCGUGUAAAGCACGCCCACGAGACUUACCUACGCAUGGGACAUACACAUGCGUUUUCCUCCGGCGCGCAAGCACCGGUCCGCGACUUGUGGCACGUUCUGGUCAGGCGAGACAUGUCGCACCCCAACAUCCCAACCCGACAUGUGUUGACGGGCGGUAGCCCUUCGUCUUCUGGUAGGCUCCUGAUGUUUCCCAGCUGUGAAAGCCUGGUGAAAGCAUCCAUUACAUGCUUUGGGCAACGGUCUGGGCUUGCCCUGCUGUCUUAUGAGGCCCAGACGAAAGUUUCCGGCACACCGUGACGAAACCUUGGGGACCCUGGGGACCGACGACCGACCCUGAACUUUGGGGGCCCAUAUCUCCGCAAUUACUACCCUGAUCAAAAUUCUGAAAGCGGAUUCUGAACGCUCUCGUCAAGCUCUUUCGAUUUGAAGGGUGGGGUAUGUCUGCGGCAUCCUUACCCCCCCCCUGGGGGCACGUGUGGCUGUGGCCGCGAGGCGGGGGGCGACUGAGGGAGCCGAGGCGGGGAGUCGGGUGGCACAUGCAACAAGGAGCAGCAGGAUGAGCUAGAGGAGGCGGAGGGGGACGGAGGAUGACCAGGAGGAAGAAGAGGAGGAGCUGGGCAUUGUGUGGCUGCCGCCUGCGGUACGGCUGGUGACAAGGGAGGCUUUGAGUGGGGCGGCGCUGGGGCGUGUGCUGGCGCCCUACCGGCACCUGAGGGGGCGAGUGACGGCGCGCAAGGCAGGAGACACGGCUGGCGCGUCGGGAUGUUGACUGCGCGGCGUCGGGGGAUGAUCGGCAGCCCUCCCGCCCUUCCAUUAGGGAGCGAGCACAAACGCGAACAUGGUAAAGCCACGGGUAAAGCGCGAACCGCACGCAGAGGCGUGCGUGCGGUGUGACACACUCAUCAUCGCACAUGCUUUAAGACUCAUGCAGAAAUGUGUACUGUAUCUCAGUCAUUCAGGGCUCGGCAUUCCCGCGCAUCCUCACAGUAACCUAGUGCCCUUGAGUGCCCUAGUUGCCCGUCGCCAAGGCCGUCGCGCAGUGAGACCGGCACACCAGCAACCGCGCCGCCUUCUGUGUGUCAUGGACGUAUGCGUUUGGGCUGCUGGCUCCUGGACUCCUGGCCUUCUGCACUGUAAAAUUCCAGUGAU